UUUCUUCAACCCGUCUACCUCAAACUGGACUAAGGUGGUGUCUGAUGCUGAGAAGAUCGUAGGAUAUCCAACUUCAUUCAUGAGUUUACGCUGUUUACUCAGUGACGAGCUCAGCAAUGUGGCCAUGCAUGUAAGGAAGCUGGUGGGAACGAAACACCCUCUGCUCAACACCGCCAGAGGAUUUGUGUAUGACAGCCGGAAUAAUCUACAAAUGCGAGGUCUCAUUGUGCUGCUAAUGUCAAAAGCAGCCGGUCCAUGUCCCAGUAACAGUGACCCGAUUUGUGAUGGUAUGGUCAGCGGCAUCUACCCCAGUCAGAGGAACUUGGCUGAGAUCACAGAGCUGAUUCACACAGCCUUCCUGGUGCAUCGUGGGAUUGUUAAUCUGAAGGAGUGGACGAACUCGGACGGCCCCCUCAAAGACAUGCAGUUUGGGAACAAGAUGGCCGUUCUGAGUGGCGAUUUCCUGUUGGCGAAUGCCUGCACGGGGUUGGCCCAGCUCAAUGACACCAAGGUGGUGGAGCUGAUCUCCAGUGCAAUCGGAGAUGUGGUGCAAGGAAUCUAUCACGAGAGCUCCAGUUCUGCAGAGGAGGGCAAUCUAACAGUUGCAUCCUGGGAAGACCAAACAUUCCUGUCCCAUGGUGCUUUGCUUGCCAAGAGUUGUCAAGCAGCGAUGAAGCUGGCCAGACAUGGUACCGAGGCUCAGAAUUUGGCUUUUCAGUACGGAAAACACCUCGCUCUGGGACACAAGCUAAACUCUGAUCUACAGCCAUUCGUGAAGAGUGGGUCAGAAGCGGCUGUGUUUAGUUUGGACUCGGCUCCUGUAAUCUUCCACAGACAGAUCGUAGGACCUGAGAGAUGGCGGCACCAGCUAAAACAGGUCCAGAAUAUGGCUAGACAGAUUGAUUACACAAAGCUCCGGGGCCUGAUAAAGAUGGACAGAGGCGUGAGCCAGGCGCUUGACCUGUGCAGUUACCACGGCAACAAGGCCUUGGAGGCCAUGAAGUGCUUCCCACCAUCAGAAGCUCGGUCAGCACUGGAAAACAUGGCCUGCGCGGUCACCAAGUUCUGAAGAGGACUUACUUUGGAGUGUUUGUGGUUCUGACCUGCUCUACACUGAUGAGUGUCGCACACAGUCGAGAUUACCAGACUCAUACACACUCUAUGCAUUUAGUCACCAAAUCAGCUUUAUCUUUUAAAAUAAAAUGAGAUAUCUUUUUGG